AUGCGGCCUCAGUUUCUGCUGCGCCCUGCGGCUGCGGCGGCGCGCGCGCUGCGGGAGGCCUUGCAGGCGCCUUGCGUGUCGGGGGCCCCCGCGCGGCCUUUGGGUCUUCUGGGGCCUCCAAAAUGUUGCAAUUAUUAUUCUUCUUCAGUUUUUGUGGCUUCUGGAGAAGCGGGGGCCUCCGGGGGCCUCCGGGAGUGGGAGAAGCCGCUGGUUGCUGAGGUGUACAGACAGCUGCGCGGCCAGCCCGUCGCCCACGCCCACGCCGCCGCAGCAGCAGCAGCUGCUGCUGCUGCUGCAGGCGCCCCAGGGGCCCCAAUUCGAAGCAACGGGGGCCCCUCUUCUUUUCCAGGUUGGGAAUAUUCCGCAGAAGACGAAAGGGGCCUCCGCUUCGGCUCCGCCUACAUGCUCUUGACCCUCGCGUGGAACAGAAAAUUCGCCAGACUCCGCGAGCUCCUCGUCAACGCCAACAGAGCCAGAGAGGGCGCCAAGCAGGUCCUCUCUCGCGUCCUUUCUGUCAUUUCGUCGGACUUGUCCAACGCAGAAAGACUCCAGCCCGCCGCCGACGCUGCGCCCGGCGAGAACUGCAGCAACUUAGGGAAAGAUGGCUCCUCUGAGAAGCCCAAGAGCAGCAGCAGCAGCAGCAGCAGCUCGAGCUGCUGCCAGCUGCACUCCGACAGCUUCCUCUCGGGGCUGCACGGCUGCCUAGGCGGCCAGCUGCAGCAGCUGCUGCAGCAGCAAGUGGCUUUCCUCGCCCACAGGGGCCUCACAGUCCGCUCUGCCAUUCGCCCCCAGCGGGUGGUCGUGGACUCCGUUUAUGGCAUAGUGGGCUGCAACAGAGGCUCCAGCGCGACUUCCACGGUGCUGCUGCAGCACGGGUCUGUGCAGGUGCUGCUGCGCCGCGGCAGCAACGCCAGCAGCAGCAGCAGCAGCAUGGGAACUCCUGCAACGAUGUACAUGGCGAAGCCGCGAGUCUUCGACUUCGAGGCUGCAGUGGCUGCAGCAGAAGCUGCGGGGGAGCUGCCGCUUCCGCAGAAGCCGGGGAAGCAGCCCGAGGCGUCGGAAAAAGAAAAAAGAAGUGAAAGUGAAGACCCCGCGGAGGAAGCUGACGCCGCGCCAGGUGUCGAGACACUCGGAGUUCUCGAAAAGAGGCAGCAGGUCAUGGCCAUGGAACAGAUCUGGAGAAAACGCGCCAGAGAACAAAUGCAAGACAUCUUGAGGCAGCCACUAACCUUCCGACAGUUCAUGAACAUGUGCGCGGACUGCGGCGGCGUCCUUGACCGAGGCUUCGUCGUCGUGAUGGAUUUCAAGUUGCUGUGCGCCCAGCAACUUGCCAUUCUAGACUCUGAAGACAAUAUUGUUUUGGGCUCUGAGGAAGAUGAAACAGCUGUUCACACUUUGAGACUUGAACUCAACGCCAGAUUUGACCCUCAUAAUUCGAACUUCUUGUUCCCUGCAUUUGAGCCAACUGGCUGGCAUUUGGUAGACUGGAACUACGCCGUAGGGCCUCAGUACCCUGUAGAUCCUCGCGAAAUAUCUAAUGUCGUCUUUAUCCGCUCUUCGCUUUCUCUCAUGGCAACCCACUUGCAGGAUUUAAGUCGGUACCCAGCAGCGCAGUUGCGUGCUUUAUAUGAAGGGCCGCGCAUUCGGCUCCGUAAAAGGGAUCCGGCAGCUCACAGCAUUUUUUUGCUAGUGUUUUAG